AGGUAUUCAAAUAUUUUGCCCUACGAUCACUCCAUAGUUCGAUUGCAAGAGAACAUUUUGGGCACACAAUACGUGAAUGCCAGUUUUAUCCAUGGGAUCGAUGAUAAUCUUACUGUGAUUGCGGCGCAAGGACCCACCAUUGAGACUGUACCACAUUUUUUGCAAAUGAUUUGCGAAAACUCCAUUCAUUUUGUCAUCAUGUUGACCAACCCCAAGGAGAAAAACAGUCGAACGGGGGAGACGUUGGAGAAGUGCGCCAAAUAUUGGUCCAGCGGAGGAGCUGAACAGACCAAGAUGAAACACUUCAAGGUCUCAGCUCAUGCCAAGAAGGAGAUCGCACCUCAUGUCGUUCAAAGGGAGUGCUUGAUCAACGGACUAGAUCGCAAGCAUACCUUUACUCAUAUCCAAUUUGAAGAUUGGCCAGAUUUUGGGGCUCCUGACAGCGCAGAGCUUUUGGUGGAUUGCGCAAAAGAAAUUCGUCAGCUGAUUCCUCGAACGAGAAAAUCGACCAUGUUGGUGCAUUGUUCGGCCGGAGUGGGCCGGACUGGUACUUUUGUGGGAUUGUAUAAGUUAAUGAACGAUAUUGACGACCAAAUGCCAACCCUGGAUGUGUACAGCACAGUUCUAGCCAUGCGAAGGGAUCGCAUGUGCAUGGUUCAGCGAGAAGUCCAAUACAAAUAUUUGUACGAAUGCACUGAAUGGUAUUUGAGGCAGAAGGAUGGAUCUGGGGACCAUUAUGAACCCGACUACAUAUACACACAAUAGCAAAUAUUUACUGGAUUAGGUUAUGUGACAUCAUCAUUUGUUGAAUGCAUGGAUAACUUUUACUUAUAAUAGAGAUGCUUUCAGUUGAAACUUUCA